UAACGGGCAUGUAACUGUAACUGUAUUGUUAAUCGUUGUUUUGUUAACCUAUAGAUCUACAUACAACAUAUAUUUUUCGCUAUAUUUUCAUUAUUUAAAACCUAAAAUACUCUGAUUAUUCUAUAAACAAAAUAACAUGGAAUAAUACAUUGACAUGUUCAUAGUAAAAUUCACCAAUUAUUGUGUUGAAUAUAAACGUUCAUUUUUAACAAACUUAUUAAUUUGGUGUGAGUCGAAAGUAUUGCGCUUUGGGAGGAUCACUGAGAACGUCACCAAUAUGAUGCCUGAAUAAUCACGGACUACGUUAUAAAGCGACUUAUCCCUCAUUCGGGAUGUAACAAUGUAUCCCUCAUUCGGGAAGUAACAAUGGCAGACAAGUGAUACUCAGGCCACACGUGUUUCUUAUUUUGAACGUCGAUUUCCUGCUGACUAAAACAUUAUGGCGGGUAUAGCCGAUGUGUUGACUGAGUCGGAAAGGACGAACUGGCUGAAAUCAUUGCUGGCAAUUGCUAUUGCAAAGUCUGGCGUAGAGAAAUUCGUUGAGAAAGAGGCUACAACUCUACACGGCAACAUAUACAACGCUAUCUUGUCAAGUGGCGCCGUCGCGUGUAAUGGCUGUCACACCGCAAACUUGCUGAAAUGCCCUACACGAAAAAUAUGCAUUAAAGUAGGAGCACAAUGCACAUCUAUGCAUGACACGGCGCUAAAACAACCACGACCAUGCCCUGCAAACGUUUGUAAUAGAGUUCUUGAUGAAAUUGCAAAGCAACAUAGAUUUUCCAACCCUUCUUGGAAAAACACAUCGGCGAAUCAUUGGUCAUCAAAUCCUUGGCAAAUAGCCAAGGCGUAUUUUCCUCCUGAUGGUUAUACUGAAACUAGUUCGGUACAAGAUACGGACUUCAACGGAAUCAUAAGUUUCAUGAUGAACUGCAAACACUUCAAUAACACGUUUUCGUUCCCCAUCGCUCCGGCAAAACCACAUCCGCCAUGCAUUUUAACAAAGGCGCGAGAAAUUUGCAGAACAAUACGCCAUUCGUCUACGUCCAAGGUUACAGACACAGUUCUCCAGGACAUUUUCAUAACACUGACUAGCCUGCUGACUGGUCCACAAUGUCUAGCCCACGACGCUGCUGCGCAGGAGGCUGCGAGUAAAUUAGCAAAGCUACAAUCCAACGUUCUGAAGCUUACAACGGCGGACAUUAUUAACUACGAAAACAGUUGUAAAGGGCACGGUGCCGAAGUUGAAUGGUUCAACUUUGAUGGAGAGUUGAUAUUUAACAAAAUUACACAAGAUCAAAGGCUAUGCGAUGCAGAAGAAGAGGAGUUAGUGCUUAACAUGAGCACUGUUACCGUGGUGACGAGAACUCAGUGGUAUGCAAAAUCCUCCAAAGAAGGCGCAAAAUAUAUGACGAUGCCAGUGAGCCACAUGUUCAUACACCAUACGGACAUGAAUGAGUGCGUCUCGCAAACAGAAUGUGUCAUAGAAAUGCGCAAAAUACAACAUCUUCAUCAGGAUAUAAAUGGAUGGGCCGAUAUCGCUUACAACUUUGUGAUCGGACAGGACGGUGGGGUAUAUAUUGGCCGAGGGUGGGAUCGGGUCGGGGCCCACACAUUGGGCUGGAAUAAUGUAUCCAUUUCAUUUGCAUUCAUGGGAAACUUUACGGAUAAACUGCCCACUGACGACGCCUUGAAAGCUCUUGAGGAAGCGCUUGUUCUUGGUGUGAAACUCGGUAAACUCACGCCCGACUUUAAGCUGCACGGUCACAGGGACGCAAGGCCGUCUAUGGAGAGCCCAGGGCAGAAGCUGUACGAUCGAAUUCGUAAACAUAAACACUAUGAGCCCAUCGGACCGAACAUUGUUACUGUCUCGCCGAAAUCUCCUGUAUGACAUUUUAAUAUAUGUCAACUUUUUGUAUCGUUGUCUUGCUUUUUUUGUUUAUUGACAUUAUUUCUUUUUUAUUAUUACUAUUAAUAUUGUUUGCCUGAUAUAUAUAUACACAUGUUAAGACUGGUUUGCAGAUGUAUCGUUAUCCUUCUCUUACACAAUAUCUAUAUUUUAGUGAAUAUAAAUUGUAUUACAUGAUAUAAGCUUU